AGGCGUGAGUGGAGAGGAGAAAGAGGGAAGUUUCGUUUCGUUGCGCACAUUAUUUCCGUUUGCCAGAGCCGAAGCCAGAGCCUUCCGUUUCCAUUGUAUUCACAAGUGGGUUUGUCUUUCCUUUCAAGGGGGGCGAUGAAGCCAAAGGAGGGGUUUUUUAUGCUCGAUAAUUCUUCUCCAUCUGUCUCCUUUGCUCUAAGAAACGGAUCUGCCUUCAUAAGAGAAGAAACCCUAGUCGUAUUUACAAUCUCUGUGGUUCUAUUGCUUCCGGACUGGAAUCGGCAUUCCCGAGAGAUUUUCAUUCUCCGUUGGUGAAUUGUGGAUUGCUGAGCUUUGUUUUAACAUUGAGGAUUAGCUUUGUGGAUAACACUUCAUCUUAUUCUUCUUUGUUUAAGAAAUGAUAAGAACAAUGUAGCUAAAGUUGGCCUGCAAGAUUCGAUGAAGAUGUUAUUCAACAAAGAAAUUGAGGGUUUAAAUGAUGAUGGCUUUGAAGGGUCAACCGAUGAACGCCGUAUUUUUAUGGAUGUUUUUUGUGGAAAUGAGAAGGGUUACACCAGUAAGAGGUGUCUUGUUACUGGAGCUAUCAAUUUUGAAGCCGAGGGCAGUAAGCACAAAAGUAUGCUGUUGAAUUCAAAUUGUGAGAACUCACUCCUGACAAGUCAAUUCUCCACAAAAUAUCUGUUGGUAGAGGAUUCCUGCAAUGCAAAUGAGAAUGCUAGGCGUGUGAAGGACUGCCCUUACCGAGUUGACAGAAGGAUUGCUGAAUCAGGGUGUCUUCAUGAUACCUCAGCUUCUUCAGUUGGAUUAAAUUCCCAUGAUGUAAAUGCUAAGCAAAUGAAAGGGUCAUUCAAUGAACUCUCUGUUGUGAGGGAUAGAAUCUCAACUGAACUUUCACCUGAUGUGGGGAACAAAACUCAGAUUGGAAGAAGAAAUGAAGUUGCUUCUUGUAUCUCCUCUCCAGGUCCACACUGUGUUGGUCAAACAAUGACAUGCCAGUUGGUUGAAUCUUCAGGUCAGGGUGUUAUAUCUAGUUGUUAUCUUCUGAAGCAACAACAUGUGGACCGUGGAGGUGACAUUGAUGAUCCUGGUGCUUCCAAGUGUGAAGUAUCUACUGUACUUCGAAAGGAUGGAAAGGAUGUUAUUGAAAGUAUGCCUUCUUCACCUGUUUCUCAGGAGAAUUUUAGAACAAAGCUUUCUAUUGCAGAUUCAUCCAUCACCGCCAGAGAAAGGUCCCUAAAAUCUGACAUAGAUAUAGUUCCACAGAAGAUUGAUUCUGUGAAGGAUCUCCGUCCAUGUCUCCGUAAUCAUGUCAAUCAUUUGCUUAAGGCUGCUGGCUGGGGUCUUUCGACGCGGAUAAGGAAGGAUAGGAAUGUUUUGGCUCCAGUAUAUGUAUCACCUGAGGGGGAGCGUGUUCGUGCAUUCCAGAAAGCUUGGUGGUCAUGUGGUGAGAGGUUGCUAGCUGAUAGAUACAGUUUGAUGCCGGAAAAUUAUGAGAAGCAGUGGAUUGGUAUCAGCGAAUUCUGGUCCGACUUGUCUGAUACAUUAGUGAAAAUUGAAAAAGAGACGCAUCAAACAGAAACUUCUGCCUCGUUGGCUCGUCUGUGGAAUAUUUUAGAUCCCUUUGUCACUGUAGUGUAUAUUAACAAAAAGAUUGGUGCACUCAGGGAGGGAAAACUUAUUAAAACAACUAAAAGUGCUUUAUUUAUCAAUCCAAACAAUGUGGAUGAGGUUAGGAACCAGGUUGUUGAGGAUCAGGCAAUUAUCCAGGUGGAUAAUCAACCUCAUGGAUCUUCUCUGGCCAUUGGAGGUGCUGAGAUUGUUACCUGGAUAAAGGACACUGUCAAUGAGCAGAGUAGCAAUGGAGAUUUCUCAGUUUAUGGUGAAAAGAGUCAGGGAGGGACUGUGAAAACUUUGAAAGGUGCAUCAAUUUAUCUUACUGAUGCAAAGGGUAUGGUUGUGGGAGCAAAAACUACAAAGGGGAUUAGAAAUCAGCAUGUGCUAACCUUUGGGCACCAAAUGGGCAGCUUGCAUCUGAGCUCUUUACCAGUUUGUGGGUCUGAUAUCUCAUGUAUCUAUUCUGAAAACCAGUUGCAUGAUGUUCCAAUCACUUUGGGAAAUAUAGAUACAGUGGUUGGGAAGGCUGGGAAUGUUUUCUCUCAGCAAGAUAGCAGUCUCAGUAUCACUAGCUCUGAUGGGCAGAGUUCUGGAAAGAAAGUGGGGAGGGAAAUUAAAACUGCACAAGGUGUAUCAGAUGUUAAUGGUGUGAAAAAGGAUACAGCAUUAGAUAAGGUAGGUAAGGAGAAUCUGCAAGGAUCUCUGCAGGACCGGUUGGGCCAUUCAAUAUCUUCUUGUGACUCAGAGAACUCAUCUGUGCAGGUUGAUACUUGCAUGCGUUCUACUCCCUUGUUUUCAGAAUUUGUAGAGACUCUAAUUAAGGGAAUCCCUUAUGAUUGUAAUCUGAAAGAUGACAAUGAAAGUUUCUCAGUCCUUAAUCAGCCAAGUUCUGAAAUUGAAAAUCUUGAACUCCAUUGUAGUCAACUGUGUGAGCAGUCUGCAGUUGAACAGCAGAAACUGUUUCUUAAUCCUCGGGGCAAGUUUUGCCAUGGAAUUUUGGUGCACAGUGAGGGACAGGGGCGUUCUCAGGAAAACAUGUUUGAAACUGCUGACGGAGGAUCCGUGCAUCAUGAAAAUCUAUCUUUUGUAUGUCAGAGAAGCCCUAGCAGGAAAGAUUCUUGUCUUGAUAAGGUUGAAAAAGAGAAGAGUAAUUUGGAUUCCUCACUCUGCCAAGAAGAACCAUAUUUAUCUGAAAGGGAGGUUCCAACAGAAGGACUACAACUGUCUCGACAUCUAGAAGAGGAAAGUUGCAAGGUAGUUGGAGCUACAGAACUUGAAAUGGAGCAUGCAUCUGUGGCAGCAACAGUUGUUGGUGCAUUAAAGAAGGCACCGAAGAAGUCUAAAAAGAAAUCAGAAAUAAAAUUGUCCAAAUUAUACAACCACCAUGGGGAAUUAAGUUUGUCCACUCAUCAGAAGGGUAAGCCACAAAAUGACCAAAGAGUUAGAACUCGUUCACAGUUCAGUGAAAGCCAGAAAUGCCAAAAAGGUAAAGCAAGUACUGAUGGUGGCCACAAGAAAUCAUUGUCUAUCAGUUCUUCCCAACAUCAAAGUGCAAAAAAAUACAGAACUAAGAAGUUGCAGCACCACUGCAAUGAUUCUCGAAAAUCAGCUGUGCUAACUCUUGAUAGAAAAGGUCGAAAGAAGCUUCAUUUGGAGAAUGAUUCUGAUGCAGCCCCUUUGCCGAUGAAGAACGGGUCUCAUGAUUCCCAGUAUUCCAGAAAAAUUGGAAAGGCAAGAAAAUCUGAAUUCAAAGAUAAAAAUGGACGGAAGAGAUCGCGUCGGUGUCAGAUUGAGGAUGAUGACCUUUUGAUUGCUGCCAUAAUCAAGCCCAAGGAUUUUGGGUCCAAACAGUCCUCCACUGAAAGGAAGGCCUGCAACUCAAAAUCCUUGAGGAAGCUUAAGAGUCAGAGGAGCAGCUGCAAGUUGCUUCCAAGAAGCCCAGGGAAAGGUGGGAAGCACAUGGAUGGCAAGUUGUUGUCCAUGGGGAAAAGAACGGUGCUAUCCUGGUUGCUUGAUGCAGGUGUUGUGUCUGUGAAUGAUGUGGUCCAGUACCGGAGACAAAAGGAUGAUGCUGUGGUCAAGGAUGGCUGGAUUACUAGAGAUGGUAUACGUUGUAAGUGCUGCAAUAAAGUGCUUUCUGUUUCGGAAUUCAAAGUUCAUGCUGGUUUCAAGCUAUAUAGGCCGUGCUUGAACCUUUUCAUGGAGUCUGGUACGCCAUUCACCUUAUGCCAGCUUCAAGCGUGGUCAGCUGAAUACAAGGCCAGGAAAGGUGGGACACGAGCAACUCAAGUUGAUGAAGUGGAUCAAAAUGAUGAUACAUGUGGACUUUGUGGUGACGGUGGUGAGUUGAUAUGUUGUGAUAACUGCCCAUCUACUUUUCAUCAGGCCUGCUUUUCUGCACAGGAGCUCCCUGAAGGCAGUUGGUAUUGCCCAUAUUGCACCUGUCGAAUUUGUGGAGGUGUCGUCAAUGAUACAGAGGCUUCAAGUUCCUUCGUUGUACUAAAAUGCUCACAGUGCGAGCAUAAAUAUCAUAAUGCAUGUGUAAAAGAAAGUGAUAUGCGUAAAGAAGACAGUGUUUCUGGUACAUGGUUUUGUGGGGGGAACUGUAAGGAGGUCUACUCGGGUCUUUGUUCUCGUGUUGGCAUCUUAAACCAUAUUGCAGAUGACUUUUCUUGGUCCCUUCUGAGAUGUAUUGAUGGUGACCAGAAAAUUCGUUCUGUACAAAGAUGUGCACUAAUGGCUGAAUGCAACUCAAAAUUAGCUGUUGCUCUUACACUUAUGGAAGAAUGCUUUCUUUCGAUGGUGGAUCCAAGAACAGGCAUAGAUAUGAUUCCUCAUGCAUUGUACAAUUGGGGGUCAAAUUUUGCACGUUUGAAUUAUGAGGGCUUUUAUACUGUGGUGUUGGAGAAGGGCGAUGAGCUUGUGUCUGUAGCGUCCAUCAGGGUGCAUGGAGUGGAAGUUGCAGAACUGCCUCUUGUUGCUACUUGCAGUGCAUACCGCCGGCAAGGGAUGUGUCGACGUCUUUUAAAUGCUAUUGAAGAGAUGUUGAAGUCUUUCAAGGUUGAAAAACUGGUAUUAGCUGCGAUUCCAAAUUUAGUUGAUACAUGGACAUUGGGGUUUGGCUUUGAACCCUUGGAAGAUAGAGAUAGAACACAACUAAACAAGAUCAACUUGAUGGUGUUUCCUGGUGCAACAUUACUGAAAAAGAGCUUGUGUGAAACAAAAGCUACAGAUAUCAAACUUUCAGGACUUGGUGAUGCAUCAUCACCUUUGAGAAUGGAAGGAUCAACGGAAAAUGGUGUUGAGUCUGGACAACCAUCUGACAAAAGGUGGAGUGUUACAAAAGUUGGCACAGAAGUGAUACAGAAUCUGCAGCCAGAUGAAGAUCAAGGAAGCAGUCUGCAGAGAUAUAAUCCAAGGCCAUCUGAAAAACCAAUCCUAAGGUUGGGGGAAAGGGAAACAUUAACUGUCUCUAAUGUUGACUGUUGCAGGGCAAAAGAAGACACAAUGGGUUUGUAUGAUGGGAGUCAGCCUCUUUCCAUAGAACAGAGGUAGAAAAAGAAAACCUGUGUAUUGCACAGAGAGUAGUAAAAGUAUAUAUUAGAUGAA